AUGAAGAUCUCUGCAUCUUCCCGCCUAUUCCUCACACUCUCUACGCACUACUGGCUCACUCCAGACUAUCCGGUUGUUAACAUAGCAGACCCAGAGGCUGAUGUUCCCGGGUUCUCUGAUAACGCGAAUGCUGAUAGCGGCAAUGAGAUUGGGUCGACGGUAACGCAUACCAUCACUCGACAGUCGGCGCUUCCCAUCACAGCCACACAGGUCCAAGAAUCCGAGCCUAGCCCUUCCUCUGAGACGGCUGCCGACGAGAACCAACGUCUAGAUACGGCAGCUGUUCCUGUGGUUGGGGUCAAGGAGACACACCACCAAAGCCAAGCGACGGUGACUGUCUACCAUAACAACCCAGCGCCCUCUACUUUGAAGUCCUCUACUCAUCUCACAAUACCGACUUCCACCGUCAUCAGCAUCUCCGUAUCAACCCUCUCUUCCACAACCCUUCUAACGAACCCCACGCCCUCGGUCAUCUUUGCACCAUCUGUCCCAGAGGACGCCUCUGCUACGACCGCGCUGCCUUGA